CUGUUCCACUUUUCUUUUAAACAAGAAAGGAAAAGAAGCCAAAACUUCUCCCAUCAGGAAAGAAAGAGAUAAGAAAAGAUGAUCAACACUCAAUGAAGAAUCAUUGAAUACCCACCAACAAUCCCUGAUAAAUUCACCAACCUAAAUUAUAUUUUUUGUAAAUAAUAUUUGUAUUAAACUCUUCUUUCAUUUAUGAAGCUCAACUUCUGAGUUCUGCCUGUUCCAAACUGCCAUCUUUCUCUUCCCAAUCUAACUUUGGCUAUGCUUCUCUCUCCGUUCAAAACCCCGGUCUUUAUUUCCUCUUGAGUUAGUAGUAAUAUUAUUUUCAGGGCGAAACCAAAAAAAAAAGUUUGUACUGAUAAGAACAAAGGAAUAGAGCUGCUUAUGCUCUACGCAGAGACAAAAGUGCUUCACUUUGGAUGUUUGUUUUGUUGGCUUUAAUAGACUUGCAAAGCCAGACAAGGCACUUUCUUGGUAUUUUCUGGUCAUCACGAGAACCCCUAAAAAGUCUGCAGCAUUUUUAGCCAAACAAUCACCUUGUAUUUGAAACCCCAGAAAACUGCUGAAAAGUUGUUCUUAUUGGCGGUGUUGGCAUUAAUGGACUUUGCAGAAAUUGGAAUAGUGUUGUCUUGGGUUGACUCAGAACUAGUUAUUAAAUGUUGCCGGAGAUUUUAAGUUUAGAGAUAGAGGCUUGAGUUGGUUAAAGGUGGUGCCUUUCAGUUUUCUUCUUUCUCCUUGUUUCUAAAUUUUUGACCUUUUGGCUCAAAUGGAUUUUGGUUUCUUUGGUUCUGUACUAAUUCUAUCACUCUUCUUCAAUUAUUUUGCUUGUCAACUACCCAAUACAGAUGACUUUUAUGUCUCUGACUUCUUGAAGAAGAUGGGCUCAAACUCUUCUUUGUUCUACAACUUCUCUAAUUCUGUUUGUUCAUGGGAAGGGGUGCACUGUGAUACCAAGAAGGAGAAUGUUAUUGGGUUAAAGGCUUCAGGUUUAGGCCUCUUUGGUUUGAUUCCUGAUACCACCAUUGGUAAGCUAACUCAUCUUCAGUCUUUGGAUCUUAGCAAUAACAAAAUCACCGCUUUGCCUUCAGAUUUGUGGAGUUUAGGCUCACUUAAGAGGCUUAAUCUCUCCUCCAAUCAGAUUUUAGGGUCUCUCCCUAGCAAUAUUGGCAACUUUGGUCUGCUUGAAGUUAUUGAUCUUUCUGGCAAUAAUUUCUCUGGGGAAAUUCCUGCAGCUAUAAGCUCCCUAGUUAGUUUGCAAGUUCUUAACCUUGCUGGAAAUGGAUUUGAAUGGAGCAUUCCAACCGGAAUUAUAAAUUGCCGGUCUUUAGUUUCAAUCGAUCUCUCCGCAAAUCGUCUAAAUGGUUCCUUGCCAGAUGGUUUUGGUGCUGCAUUUCCUAACCUCAAAACUUUAAACCUUGCCAGAAAUGAGAUUUAUGGCCGGGACACAGAUUUUGCGGAAAUGAAGUCUCUUACAAGCCUUAACAUUUCCGGGAACUUAUUCAAGGGUUCAGUUAUGGGUGUGUUUCAAGGGCAGCUGGGGGUGAUUGACCUCAGUAAGAACCAGUUUCAAGGUCACAUUUCUCAGGUACAAUUCAAUUCUACUUAUAAGUGGUCUCAUUCGGUUUAUCUGGACUUGUCCGAGAACCAGCUUAGCGGAGAAAUUUCCAUAAAUCUGAGUCAAGCUCAGAAUCUUAGACAUCUUAAUCUUGCAUACAAUAGAUUUGCUGGACAGAAAUUCCCAAGAAUUGAAAUGCUUUUGGGUUUAGAGUAUCUCAAUUUGUCUAAAACCAGCCUCAUUGGUCAUAUUCCUGGUCAAAUUUUACAACUGAGUAAUUUACAUACACUCGAUGUUUCAUCAAACCAUCUUUCGGGCCAAAUUCCAUCAUUGGCUAACCAAAGCCUCAAAAUACUUGAUGUUUCACACAACAAUUUGAGUGGAGAAAUUCCUUUUUCUCUCGUAGAAAAACUCCAAUGGAUGGAGAGAUACAACUUCUCUUACAACAACUUAACCCUUUGUGAUUCAGGGUUCUCCCUUGAGACCUUGGAAACAUCAUUUUUUGGCUUAUUAAACAGCUGUCCAAUCGCUGCAAAUCCUGUCCUUUUCAAAAGAAGAGCCAACAGACAUAGGGGGUUUAAGCUUGCCUUAGCUUUAACCCUCUCCAUGGUGUUCUUGCUUGCCGGAUUGCUGUUCCUAGCCUUCGGUUGCAGAAGGAAGUCCAGGACGUGGGUAGUUAAGCAACCCUCGUAUAAAGAGGAGCAGAAUAUUUCAGGUCCCUUUUCCUUCCAAACUGAUUCGACCACAUGGGUGGCUGAUGUUAAGCAGGCAACAUCAGUCCCAGUAGUGAUUUUUGGGAAACCACUAUUAAAUAUCACAUUUGCUGACCUCUUGGCUGCAACUUCGAAUUUUGAUCGAGGCACUCUACUAGCAGAAGGAAAGUUUGGGCCUGUUUAUAGAGGAUUUCUGCCUGGUGGAAUUCAUGUAGCUAUUAAAGUUUUGGUUCAUGGAUCAACAUUGACAGACCAAGAAGCUGCAAGAGAGCUUGAGUAUCUUGGUCGAAUCAAACACCCCAAUCUUGUUCCAUUAACUGGAUAUUGCUUGGCUGGGGAUCAAAGGAUUGCUAUUUAUGAUUACAUGGAGAAUGGGAACUUGCAGAAUUUGCUACAUGACUUGCCACUUGGUGUUCAGACAACAGAGGACUGGAGUACUGAUACCUGGGAAGAAGACAGCAAUGGGAUACAAAAUAUUGGCUCUGAAGGGCUAUUAACAACCUGGGCAUUUCGACAAAAAAUAGCCCUUGGCACUGCACGAGCACUGGCAUUCCUUCAUCAUGGCUGCUCACCUCCAAUAAUCCACAGAGAUGUUAAAGCUAGUAGUGUUUAUCUUGACUUAAAUUUGGAGCCUAGAUUAUCUGAUUUUGGAUUGGCCAAGGUUUUUGGAACUGGUCUAGAGGAUGAAAUUGCCCGUGGUUCACCUGGAUAUGUACCACCAGAAUUUUCUCAGCCCGAAUGUGAUGCUCCCACACCAAAAUCUGAUGUAUAUUGCUUCGGUGUUGUUUUGUUUGAGCUAAUCACAGGGAAAAAGCCAAUUGGAGAUGAUUAUCCGGAGGGGCAAGAAGCAAAUUUAGCUAGUUGGGUUAGAGGAUUGGUGAGAAAGAACCAAGGAUCGAAAGCUAUUGAUCCUAAAAUUCGUGAUACAGGGCCAGAUUCCCAAAUGGAGGAGGCCCUCAAGAUUGGAUAUCUCUGCACGGCUGAUCUUCCUACCAAGCGACCAAGCAUGCAACAGAUUGUCGGCCUUCUCAAGGAUAUUGAGCCAAGAGCUCCUCAAUAAAACACAAUGAAUAUAAGUUGGUCUUUUUUUUUUUUUUUUGCCUUCUAAAUUUGUUCUUUCUCUACCAUGAGUUUUUCCUUAUGCCACCGUGGGAGAGGAUGUACAGUAAUUGUUAUGUCUUGGAAUUUCUCUUCACCUUUCCAUUGUUGGCAUCAUAGUUUAAUUUAUAAGUUUAUAUACACGAGUUUGAUCCCUGAAACUAAAAGAUAAAAUUUUCCUUUCAAUUUUUCCCUUAUCCUCUAGGAAAUUGCCACUCAUUGUGCUUUAUCUUUAUACAAACAAAUAAAUCAAUCUGGAACUUAUGUUAUGGCAGUAGGGCGCCAGUGAAGUAGUUUAGUCUUGACUUUGUGUUUCCUUGUCCCUAGAAUU